GGCGGGCGGCCGGGGCGCCGCGGGCCCCGUAACGACGGACAGCGGCGGCGGGGCGGCUGGGACCGCGGGCUCGGCCCAGCCCGGGGACGCCCCCGUAGACGCCCGCGGCAGCGGACGGUUAAGGCAUCAGUGUUUCUCUGACCAAAGUUCUCACUGGGCAACUGUGGAGAUGGAGCCAGAGAAGAUGAGACCGAUCAAGGAACCGAGUGCUGACCCGGCCUCGGUCUGCUGUGCCACGUGCCACAGGGACGAGACCUGGACCUAUGGCCACCCCAUCCGGGGCCGGGCCAAGUCCCGCAGCCUGUCUGCCUCCCCCGCACUGGGCAGCACUAAGGAGUUCAGGAGAACGCGCUCUCUACACGGGCCGUGCCCGGUGACCACUUUUGGACCAAAGGCCUGUGUGCUGCAGAACCCCCAGACCAUCAUGCACAUUCAGGACCCUGCGCGGCAGCGGCUGACGUGGAACAAGUCUCCAAAGAGCGUUCUCGUCAUCAAGAAGAUCCGCGAUGCCAGCCUGCUGCAGCCCUUUAAGGAGCUCUGCACGUACCUCAUGGAGGAAAACAACAUGAUUGUGUAUGUGGAAAAGAAAGUGCUAGAAGACCCUGCCAUAGUCAGUGAUGAAAACUUUGGACCAGUGAAGAAGAAAUUCUGCACUUUCCGAGAAGAUUAUGACGACAUUUCCAAUCAGAUAGACUUCAUCAUAUGCCUGGGGGGGGACGGGACCCUGCUCUAUGCUUCCUCGCUUUUCCAGGGCAGUGUGCCUCCAGUCAUGGCGUUCCACCUGGGCUCCCUGGGCUUCCUGACCCCAUUCAACUUCGAGAACUUUCAGGACCAAGUUACUCAGGUGAUCGAGGGGAACGCAGCUGUUGUCCUCCGGAGCCGGCUGAAGGUCCGAGUGGUGAAGGAACUCCGGGGCAGGAAGACGACCGUCCACAACGGGCUCGGCGAGAGCAGUGUGCCGGCCCCAGGCCUGCAUGCAGAAGUCGGGAAGCGGGCCGUGCAGUACCAGGUCUUGAAUGAGGUGGUGAUCGACAGAGGCCCCUCCUCCUACCUGUCCAACGUGGAUGUCUACCUGGACGGACACCUCAUCACCACGGUGCAGGGUGACGGAGUGAUCGUGUCCACCCCGACGGGCAGCACAGCAUAUGCAGCCGCAGCUGGGGCCUCGAUGAUCCACCCCAACGUGCCGGCCAUCAUGAUCACGCCCAUCUGCCCCCACUCGCUGUCAUUCCGGCCUAUUGUGGUCCCCGCAGGGGUUGAGCUGAAGAUCAUGCUGUCACCAGAAGCAAGGAACACUGCCUGGGUGUCUUUUGACGGACGAAAGAGACAGGAGAUCCGCCAUGGAGACAGCAUCAGCAUCACUACCUCCUGCUACCCGGUGCCCUCCAUCUGUGUCCAAGACCCUGUGAGUGACUGGUUCGAGAGCCUGGCCCAGUGUCUGCACUGGAACGUGCGGAAGAAGCAAGCCCACUUCCCGGACGAGGACGGCGAGGAUGGCUAGCUGCGCUGCUGUGCAGGCUCAGCACCAGGGCCCAGGGUCCCUCCCACACACCCUCUUGGGACAGACCGCCCGUGCUGCUGUAAGGGUCGUGAGCACCUGCGGGCCUUCGGCCUCACGUCGCUUCUGUCGCUUCGGUCACAGCCGGGAAGAACCUGGUCUGCCUUUGUCGACCAGAUCAGCUGUUUUUUAACAUUUUAAAUCUGACUCUUUUUUUGCAUUUCUAAAGAAGCAAAGUGGGGAAUGGGCUGGGGUCUCCACCUAGAUACGCGCACGCGGUCCCUGUCCAGGGGCACGGGCUCUUUGUAAUUCCAAGUCAGGAAACUUUUCUAUAAAUCAGUCUGCUGAAAUUCA